UUUAAUUUUACUUUCUCAAAUUUCCUCUUUUCCCCCAAAUUUUGUAAAAAAGCCCUAACUUUCCCCCCUCCAUAUUUCUCUUCACGAUCGAAAACUUCACAUCUCUUUCAUCGCAAGAUUUGGUGUGCUUACGCUCGCAAGCCCCCUUCAUCACAAGCCGCCGUUGAAGACGUUGCGUUUGUCCACCGCUGAAGAUUUGGUGUGUUCGUAGGUUGUCGUUCAGAAUAGGUUCGUCCGCCGCCGCAACAGGGCCACUGGUGAUGACACACGCAGUCUAUGCACCACCGUGUGCAAAUGGACCUAUCUUGGCCAUGCACACAUGUCACAGUACAAUGAAAAGGAUUCCCGAAAUAUGGAGGCUUGUGGAUGGGAUGAUGAUUUCUGGGAGGAAAUUGGAUUAAGAGAUCUUGUUGAUGGUCACCAUGCGAAAAUAGGAAGAAGUGUAGCAUUCCCUGGUCACCCCUUGGGUUCUGGUCUGACUCCAGUAGCUGCGAAGGAACUGGGUUUGGUUGAUGGCAUCCCUGUUGGUGUUUCACUGAUUGAUGCUCAUGCAGGUGGAGUUGGGGUGUUGGAAAGUGUACCUGGGCAAGAUUCUGAUUCUGAAGGUUUCGAUAAGGAGAUGAUAUUGCAUCGUAUGGCACUGGUUUGUGGAACAUCUACCUGCCAUAUGGCUGUCUCAAGGGAUAAGCUCUUUAUUCCUGGUGUAUGGGGACCGUUUUGGUCAGCAAUGAUACCUGAGUAUUGGCUUACUGAAGGUGGUCAGAGUGCUACCGGUGCUCUACUUGAUCACAUAAUUCAAAAUCAUGUUGCCUCUCCUCAUCUUGCAAACCGUGCUGCUUCACAAAAAACUGCCACAUCAGAAAUAAGAGGCUUCAGGCCAAAAAGGUUCCCCAGAGACUCCGUGACAUAAAGGAUGUUUUAGGUUCAUAUUUUAUUCUUUAUUUAAUUUCAGUUCUGAUUUUCUAUGGUCUUUUAGUUGUGCGACUUCUAAUAGUGACGAUGAGAUUGAUGCAAUCAAUGAUAGAUUUUGCUAUAAUUAUCUUAAUCUUUAGCGUUUUAAUUUGUCUUCGUUUUUACUCUGGUCAUGUGAUUUUAGUUUGGUAUUCGAUUGAGUUAAAGAAUUAGGAUUGAUCUAGUUUAUUUUGUUCUUUAGAUAGUUUACUUUUGAUCCAAUAUUGUGGGUAUAAUAAUUUUUAUGAAUACUAAUUCAUUUAUUUUGCAUGUCUACAGAUUGAUACAAGAAAACCAUACUCACAGGCCGAGUUAGAUGAGGUGCGGGUUGAGUUGGUUGAGUUUUUGGGUUCGUACAUAUGAUUUAGGAUUUAUUUGUCAUCUCUGAAAUAGGAAACUUUAUUUUUUGUGGUUGAUUUUUUGAAAUGUUUAUAUGGAGGGGGAGAGGGAGAGGUGGGGAUUGAUUGAUAUACUUUUGGGACUUUGUUGAGGUUUAGAGUUUAGGUGAGUUGUUGAUAGGUGAACUGUUCAUAUGUAUUGGUUUUGUAAAUGAUAUAUGAAUAUGAUGCAAAGUUUUGGAAAUGAUAUGAAUGAAUGAUGUUUAGUUGUCA